CGGCACCCGGCGGGGCGGGGGAAGCGGGGCGGGCUCAGCGCCGCUUCCGCCGGCGGCGCCAUGAAGCUGCGGCGGCAGAAGCACGCCAAGAAGAACAUGGGCUUCUACAAGCACAACUUCCAGUUCCGCGAGCCCUUCCAGGUGCUGCUGGACGGCACCUUCUGCCACGCCGCGCUCCAGAACAAGAUCCAGAUCCGGGAGCAGCUCCCCGGCUACCUGGGCGGCCCCACGCAGCUCUGCACCACACGAUGUGUUCUGAAAGAAUUGGAAUCAUUGGGGAAACCGCUGUAUGGAGCAAAAUUAAUUGCCCAAAGAUGUGAAGUUCAAAACUGUUCUCACCAUAAGGAUCCUGUGAGCGGCUCGGCCUGUUUACUUUCCAUGGUUGAAGAAGGCAACCCUCAUCACUUCUUUAUUGCUACCCAGGACCAGGAUUUAGCAAACAAAGUGAAAAAGAAGGCUGGCGUUCCUCUCCUCUUUAUUAUUCAGAACACUAUGGUGCUAGACAAACCUUCUCCUAAGUCUUUGGCAUUUGUUCAAACGUUGCAGACAAGUCAGCUUGUUCCAGAGCACCAAAAACAAAGCAUUGUGCAGCUUAAAGAAAAAGAAGGACUAGCAAAGCAAGAAGGUGAAAAGAGAAGAAAACGUAAAAGGGCAGGUGGCCCCAAUCCUCUCAGCUGUCUGAAAAAGAAGAAGAAAACACAGGAGAGCAAGGAGCCUUCAGCUGAGAAGAAGAAAAGAAGAAGAAAGCGAAACAGGGUUAAAACAAAAGCUGUGCAACCAGUGCAGAAGAAUGAGGAGGAAUAGAUCCAUGUUUGUGCAACAGCGCAGGACUAGAGCAUUGUUUGAACUUUGCAAAAAGCGAGAUUGAUCUGUAAUAAUUGCAAUUAAGUUGUUAAUAUUAAAACUUAUUUUUAUGAGA